UGAUUUCAAUAGCUAAUCCACUUCGAUUCUGCUUUUUCUAUAUAUAUAAAAAGUUGGGCCUUUUUGUGGUAUAUACUUGUGUUGAGGAUUCUGGAGGGAAAAAAGAAAAAAGAAAGCUGAGACCUUUCUGAUCUGAUACGUAUCUAUAAAUCUGGAUAGAAGCUGAGAGUUUUCAAAAGGUUUAGAAUUUGUUUCCUGGGUUUUGCAAUUCCGGUGAGAAACCUUUUGAUUAUAUCUGUUGAGAUGGAUUGUGGUAUGGAGAAUUGUAAUGGUGGGAUCUCAAAUGGUGACGUUUUGGGUAUCUCUGCCAAGCGUGAGAAGCUCAUUAUCGAUACAGACCCUGGAAUUGAUGAUAGCAUGGCGAUAAUGAUGGCGUUUCAAACACCGGAGCUGGAGAUAUUAGGAUUGACUACUGUGUUUGGUAAUGUUUCUACACAAGAUGCUACUCAUAAUGCCUUACUCCUGUGUGAGAUUGCUGGCUUCCCUGAUGUUCCUGUCGCAGAAGGAACUUCCGAACCUUUAAAGGGUGGGAUUCCGCGUGUUGCUGAUUUUGUGCACGGUAAAAAUGGACUAGGAGAUGUCUCUCUUCCUUCUCCAAGUAUAAAGAAAUGUGAGAAAAGUGCAGCUGAGUUUCUAGAUGAGAAGGUCUCAGAAUAUCCGGGUGAAGUCACCAUUCUCGCCCUCGGACCUCUAACCAACCUGGCAUUAGCCAUCAAACGUGAUAGUUCAUUUGCAAGUAAGGUGAAGAAAAUUGUUGUUCUUGGUGGAGCCUUCUUUUCUUUGGGAAAUGUCAAUCCUGCAGCUGAGGCUAAUAUAUAUGGUGACCCGGAAGCAGCUGAUGUCGUGUUCACAUCUGGAGCAGAUAUCACUGUUGUUGGUAUAAACAUCACAACCCAACUUAGACUAUCAGAUGAUGACCUCUUAGAGCUGCGUAACUCCAAGGGAAAACACGCUAAAUUGUUAAGCGAUAUGUGCAACUUCUACAGAGAUUGGCACGUCAAAUCUGAUGGUGUUUAUGGAGUGUACCUCCACGACCCAGUCAGCUUUGUGGCUGUUGUGCGGCCUGAUCUAUUCACAUACAAGAAAGGUGUCGUCCGGGUGGAAACUCAAGGAAUAUGCAUUGGCCACACGCUCAUGGAUCAAGGCCUCAAGAGAUGGAACGGAAGCAACCCGUGGGUAGGAUAUUCACCGAUAUCGGUGGCAUGGACAGUGGACGUAGAAAAAGUUCUGGAAUAUGUAAAAGCAAAGCUGAUGAAGCCAUAAAAUAUGAGUUUCAGUAUCAGUCUCAUUAGAAUGUGAAUAUUCAUUUGAAAUGGCAUCAUCACAUUCAUAUCUUCUGGUUCUAACCUGAAUCUCAAUUGCAUCUCUGUAUUUGAUCUGUAUAAAUAGUACAUUGGAUUAUAAGAAGAAGAAAAACUAAUGAAUGAAAACUAUCUUUGUUUCUUUCCAUAA